CACGCCCCGCCCCGCCCCGGUGGAGUUCCGCCUCCCAUUUACUAACGCUCCGUUUCGCAGUGUACUCCUCUGUGUUGAUACCGUCCAUUCACUUCUCCAUCUGCUAAAGCCAAUUCUAACCAACUUUUUAAAAAACUGAUCCAAACAUGGCUUACACGACUGCGGGUGGAACAAAGAAGAAGGUCUGCUACUACUAUGACGGUGACAUUGGAAAUUAUUACUAUGGACAGGGGCAUCCCAUGAAACCACAUCGCAUCCGGAUGACUCACAACCUGCUUCUGAAUUAUGGACUGUACAGGAAAAUGGAAAUCUAUAGACCACACAAAGCCACAGCAGAGGAGAUGACAAAAUAUCACAGUGAUGACUACAUCAAGUUCCUCCGAUCCAUACGGCCCGACAACAUGUCUGAGUUCAGCAAGCAGAUGCAGCGCUUCAAUGUUGGGGAGGACUGUCCUGUAUUUGAUGGGUUGUUUGAGUUCUGCCAGCUCUCCGCUGGUGGCUCUGCUGCUGGUUCAGUAAAACUGAACCGACAGCAGACGGACAUUGCAGUGAACUGGGCAGGAGGACUUCACCACGCAAAGAAGUCUGAAGCGUCUGGAUUCUGCUAUGUUAAUGACAUUGUGCUGGCCAUCUUGGAACUGCUCAAGUAUCACCAGAGGGUGCUGUACAUUGAUAUAGAUAUCCACCAUGGGGACGGAGUAGAGGAGGCCUUCUAUACCACAGACCGGGUCAUGACUGUGUCCUUCCAUAAAUACGGGGAGUACUUCCCUGGAACCGGGGACCUCAGGGAUAUUGGUGCUGGAAAAGGCAAAUAUUAUGCUGUCAACUUCCCUCUGCGGGAUGGCAUUGAUGAUGAGUCAUAUGAGCAAAUCUUCAAGCCUGUGAUGGCCAAGGUGAUGGAGAUGUACCAGCCAAGUGCUGUGGUUCUUCAAUGUGGUGCAGACUCUCUCUCAGGAGACCGCCUUGGCUGCUUUAACCUCACUAUCCGUGGGCAUGCCAAGUGUGUGGAGUACAUGAAGUCCUUCAACCUCCCGCUGCUCAUGCUGGGUGGGGGAGGAUACACCAUCCGUAAUGUGGCCCGCUGCUGGACCUAUGAAACAGCUGUGGCUCUGGACACAGACAUCCCUGAUGAACUGCCCUACAAUGACUACUUUGAAUACUUUGGGCCUGACUUCAAGCUGCACAUCAGCCCCUCCAACAUGACCAACCAGAACACACAGGAGUACAUGGACAAGAUAAAGCAGCGACUGUUUGAGAACCUGCGGAUGCUUCCUCAUGCUCCUGGAGUUCAGAUGCAGGCCAUCCCAGAGGACGCUGUCCCAGACGACACCGUGGACGAGGACAUGGAGGAUCCUGACAAACGCUUGUCAAUUCGUGCCACAGAUAAGAGGAUAGCCUGUGAUGAAGAGUUCUCUGACUCUGAGGACGAGGGGGAGGGUGGCAGGAGGAAUGUGGCCAAUCACAAGAAAGGAGCGAAAAGGCCCAGGGUUGACGAAGACAAGAGGGAAGGAGAGGAGAAGAAAACUGAGAUAAAAGAGGAAGAGAAAACAAAGGACAGCAGCGCUGAGAAGACUGACUCAAAAAGUGUGAAGAAUGAGCAGACCAGCAGUGCCUGAGUUCUCCUUAAACAAACACAACUCUGCGGUGCUGUCCACCCUCAAGGAUCCAACUCUUCAGCGAAUCACCAUCAGAAGCAUUAUAUUUAUUAUGACUCUCCAUUUUCUACUUGUAAAUCUCUUGUGAAUUGUAAGCAUCUCUCUUUGUGUAGUGCAUCAGUGGAUUUCUUGAAUCCGCCACUUGAAUUUGACAUACUAUGUCCUUUGAUACCCAUUAAACCAUUUGAUUCCAAUGUGCUUGAUCUUCUGAAGGAAAUGUCGACUUACUUGUUUUUAAGUAGCGGUGGGUAAUCUGUAGAUGAACCUACAAUGAUUUCGUGUUUAAAUUUUGAUAUUUUGCAUUUGUCAAUAAAACUUUUUUAUACUA